UGGUAUAAUACAGGAGUAAUCGUUACAUAAAUUAUUGCCAUAGUGUGUGAAAUACUACUGGUCGCUUUAAUAAAAUCUUACAGGUGAAUGGUAUGGACAAAUCAACUCCCGAUUUUAAAUCUUUUUCAUAGUUAGGUUAAACAGGCUCGUAAAAGGAAAUGCAGGACUUCAAAUAAUUUCAUACUUAUCUUAAGUAAGUAAACUUCAAGUGGAUGACAUUGAGCUACCAGGUUAAUCAGUGAAAUAGAGACCUUUGUGUUAAGGGCUCUGGUCAGCUGACCAAAAGAGAGAGAGAGAGAAAAGCUGACAAAUCAUGCUCAGUGGAUUUUUAUACAAAAAAGUAUUUGGUUUACUUUGACUUACUGUAAUAUUGUAAGCAAUUUGAUCUUUUCUUAUAUACUACAACACCUGGAUUUGAUUAAGGAGAGGGAGAUAACACAGGUAUUAAUUGGUUGGGCAGUUCAUUGGACUGAGAGAGACAGAGUAAACCUGUGAAACCUUACUGAUUUUUUACAGAUUUUAUUUGCCAGAUGGAAACUUGAGAAAGUGCUUUCUCUUUUUAUAAUGAUCAGAAAGAUAUAUAUUUAUAUUUUACGCUUGCUGGAGUAAUUCCUCAGGUGUUGGGAGAAGUGUGCAAAUACCUGGUACGUCAAUUACCAAAGUUUUCAUACCAUAGGAUCGCGUGAAGAGUCAGAGACGGUAUGCAACUAUCACAUCAAGGAUGUGCAACAUUGAAUAGUUUUUAAGUCAGAAAACAUCUGUUUAGUUUGGGGCUUGGAGAUAAGAGAGAUUGUAAGAGGAGGCUGGCAUUAUCCAAAUUAUAGAAACAGUAACUAACUGUAGCUUAGUCAGAGAUUGGUAAUGAGGAAUUAAACUGCUUCACAAAUUUGAGAUAUUUGUAUAUCUAUUUAGAAUUUUGGAUAAAUAUAGUUUGGAAAUUUUACUGCUUUGGAUAGAUAUCUUCUGCAAUGUACAGUAAAAAGUGAAAUUCAUUGAUUCAGUGUAUAUUAAUUUAUAAAGGAAUUAUUUUGCAAUUGAUUAACGUUAUGUAAAAAUUGACAUUCAUGAGAUUGAGAAAGAGUUGUUAAUGUUUAUGGGAUUAUGGUACUCUUUUUGGAAGACGAAAAUGACAUCCAGAUAGAUAUUUCUUUGACAGACAAGGAUCUAGAUAUUGUUUUGGAUUUAUUUCCAGACAAUGGACUUCAUUAUCUUAAAAGUCAAUGGCCAAGAUCUUUCACAGUCAAGUCACGACGAAGCAGUCGAAGCAUUCAGAACAGCCAAAGAACCUAUAGUCGUGGAGGUUUUACGAAGGGAAAAUAAAAAUAAAAUGAAAUCACGAACUCCUACUAUGGUAUCCAUAGGAACACAAACAGAAGAAGAAAUUUAUGGAUUUAUUCGACCUCCAACUCCUCCCAUGUAUGGACUAAAUUCAAAUCUACUAUGUCAACCAGCCUCACGUAGACCUGUUGCAUUUUCUCCUAGUGCUGAAAUGGGAUUAACCGACAUUGAAAUGGCACAUGGAUUGGAAUACGAUGAUGCUUAUUUUGAAGAACGACCAUAUGAAAUUGAAUAUGAGGAAGUUGUUCUUCAUCGGUCAUCGAACAGUGAGAAACUGGGACUGACACUCUGUUAUGGUUCUUUAGAAGAUGAAGUUACGGAUAUAUUUAUAAGUGAGGUUGAGUCAUGUAGUGUAGCUGCUCAAGAUGGUAGAAUUCGAGAAGGGGAUCAAAUUCUACAGAUAAAUGGCAUUGAUGUACACAGUCGGGACCAAGCUAUUAAAUUAUUUUCUGAGAGAACAUCAGACAUCACACUAUUGUUAGCCAGGCCUGCAGUGCAGAUGGACGAUGGCUUUAUAGAAGACCAGAAUGUUUUAGAACAGUUGCGAAUGGAUUUUCUAGAAAAGCAUCACCAUGACAAUAUGCAAAUCAUGGCCUCAAUGUUGGCCAGGGGACAUUUACUUGAUGAAGAAGGUGGAACUACAGACACAGCCACAACAGAAAAUUCCCUACAUAAACAUGAAAAAGACAGUGGAGUUGGACGCACAGAUGAAAGUACCAAAAAUGAUGAAAGCUCUGAAUUGGAUGCCUUUGACACAGAAUGUACCAAUUCACCAGCUGCGACCUCCAAGUUUCGUCAAGGCAGAGGAGAAUAUCAUCGUAGUGAUGAAAGUUUUUUGUCACAUGACAUAACAGAUCAAGAGAUUAAUGUUAAUGACAUUUCUAAAGAUGAAUGUGAUAAAUUUCGGGAGGUACUUGUUCAAAGAUGUGAUAGUAAAAGUGCCAACAAUUCUCCAAAAAAGGGUUCAUCUCGAAAGAACUCUGUGAGCAGUCUUGAACGAGAAAUUGAGUAUGUAAAUCGUGAAAUGGAAAAUAUUCAGAUUGAAUGUCAAGAUAUGUAUGACAAUCAUAUAGGAGAGGAUUCGAAUAUAAAUCAUAUAUAUGAAACAUUACCUUCUAGAAGUCCACGGGUUGUCCCUCGUAUGGGAACACGACUUGAAUAUGUCAAAAAUGUGCAAUUAAACAAUUCUGGUGAUUCUUGGAAUCAGAGUCCUGUUAAAAAACAACAAAAGGCUUUCUCGGAAGCUUCGACAACAAGUGCUUAUAAUACUGGAGAAAGUUGUCGCAGCACACCUCUGACUUUAGAACUGAAUCAAGUUUCAGAUGACAGUGAGAAAGGAUUUAAAAACUCUAUGCUAUGUUUAGCUUCUACAACUACUACAACACCUAUAGCAUCCACUAGUGACACAGAGAAACAAACACAAACUCCAUGUCAGACCAAAGAAAAUUCUAGUGAAGAAUUAAAUGCUUUAUCAGCCAAAAAUAACAAUGAAAAUAAAAACUUGUCAAAGGAUCAAAAACCAAUGGGUGAAUCUCUUCAGGAUUUGUAUAUGUCAUACGCAGAUGUCAUGUAUACAAAUGAAGCUAACUUACAGCAUACUAUUGCAAUUCAACAAAAGCUCUUUCAACAACAAAUGGAGCAGAAGUGUCGUAGAAAAAACUCUUCUCGUCCAUCCUCUCACAGUAGUGUGGUAUCUCUUCAGCAAAAUAAGAAUGAAAAUGUUCAACUAAAAACAGAUAAUCUGCAACAACAAAGUCCUAACUGCACACCUCCAGAUAGUGGACAAAUGGAAUGGGUUGUGAAAAGACGUCCAGAUGGUUCUCGCUAUAUUACUAGAAGACCUGUCAGAAAUAAAAUGUUGAAAGAAAGAGCUAAAAAGAUAUCUGAAGAGCGUUGUGGAAUGACAACAGAUGAUGAUGCAAUGAGUGAAAUGAAACAUGGACGAUAUUGGUCGAAAGAAGACCGAAAACGUCAUUUUGAAAAAGCAAAGGAUCAUAAAAAGAAGCGAGAAAUGAUGAUGAAAGCCAAAAUGGAGACUUUAAAAGAACAUGAUGAAAAGAAAGAAGUUAACAUUUUGGAACUAAGUCAUAGAAAAAUGAUGAAGAAUAAAGGUAGAAAAGUAUUUGAUGAUUUUAUGACAAUUCAAGAAAUGCUUGCACAUGGAAGUCGGCAUACUGAAGGAAAAACCUACAAUCCUUUGUUGUCAGUGACAACCGUCUGACUUGAGAACAGUCAUGUUGAGAACUUUUCUGUAUGAAUUGGUGUUGUGAUUUUGCAUCAAGUAAUGUUGCCUGUUCAGAUUUAAAAAAAAACAAUCAUAAAAGUGAAGGUAUUAAUUGUUCACAUCAUAUUGACAAAAAUUAAUGUAUGAAUAUAACAUUGUAAUACCUCUUUUAAGUAUUGAGUGUUCAGUCAUAAUGUGCUCCUUAGAUUUUGGAGGGUAAAGCUGGUGAAGAUAUUUAUAUAAUUGGUCAGCUAGAUGUUAGUGUAAUUUUACUAGCCAUCUUGUUAGACAGAAGUCCAUAUUUUGCAUUUAAUUGUAAAAUCAGUGCUAAUCCAUUGUGAUAUUGAAUGCCUUAUUUUAUAUUGUGUAUUUUAUCAAAUAACGAGUUUGUUUUGUAAAUUUUGAAAUUGUAAUAUACCAGUGAAUUAGUAUGGACAUAUAUAAAUGAAAAAGUUUUUUGGGGGAACUCAGAGAAUAUGAUGUCCUUACUGUUCACAUGUUUACAUAUUGUGGGAAAUAGUAUUAAAUUUAAUAAUUUAUUUCCUCUGAUAGUCAUUUUGAUUUGACUUUUAUUUCAUGACUCAAAAAGAUUAUUCUAGUCAUUCAAGCAGUAAUAGAUAAAUUAUUUGCAUUGUGCAUUUUUUCUUUUCAACUUUCAUCACAUAUCAUGGUGCUGCAGUAUUUUGGUCACAUGAUUUAUAAAGGGAGGAAUUUUUAAUUAAAAAUAAAAUAAGGGUCUGUAUUUUUGGAUGUGAAGUGAAAUAGAAUAAAAGUUAAAAAAAAGUUUUAUACAAAAUAUAAUGAUAACACAUUACAAUGUAAACACAUCUUCUCAGAGUUUUAUAUCUUGUGUCUCUUUAUCCAUUUUAGUGACAACCUUUUUUGACAAAGGUUAUGUCCCUUUAAACAUCAUCAUAUCACUAGGUACAUAUUUAAUAUCUUGUGAACACCAAAUUUUUGUAAAGUCUUUUGACAGUUUAUCUUAUACCAUAUUUGUUCAAGACUUUUAGAUGUACUAUGUACUGCACUUCUUUUUUUGGCCAGAAAUUAUGUCCCUGUAACUCUUUUGUUUAUGACUUGUUUUGGAAAAUAACAAUAUAUCAUAGAUCUAUGUCUUUCAGAAAUCAUGUCCUUUUAAAACUCUUCAUGAUAGUGGCCAUGGUAGUCUGGGGAAAAGGGAAGGUGGCUACAAAAUUUGAAUUGUGCUUUAAAUAAUUUUGCAAAUACUGAUAUGUAUACUGAUGUAUAAAAUGAAUAAUUUAUAGAAAGUUUGCAAUAUUGUGGCCUUGUACAGUGCAGUGACCAUUAUUUAUAUAUAUGUUUGAGUGUAAAGAAGAGGUUAUUGUAAGAGUCAGCUUGCAACACUUUUUUGUGAUUAUGAGAGAUCACAUGGAAAGAAAAGAAAUUUGGAGGUAUUGUACAGAUCAAAUCUUCUUUUUGUACAAAUCUAGAGUUGAUUACCUACUAAUACAACCUUAAAACUUCUUACCCAACUUGUUUCUAUGUUUCAACUAAUAGAAUAUCAUUGUUUCACGAUUUUGACUUGAAUUGGUGUGAUCUGUUGUCAUCACUUAGAUGUCCAUCACAUAAUAUUAGACAAUUUUCACAUGUUUAUUCUUUCUCUCCUGCAACUGUUCAAUAUAUAAUAUGGACAAUGGGAGAUAACUCUAUAAUUUUAUGACAAAGAUUUGAAAUAAAAGAAGGCAAAUUACCCAAUAUGGAAUAAAUGACCUUUAAUGUUUGUUAAAAAUUCAUCCUACUUACACAGAUCAGUGCUUAUAUAAUAAAAAACAAAUCAUUUAAAUUAUUCAUCAUUCAUGUUGAUAGUUUUUUAUGCAGUACAUGAGAAACACCCUUGAAAUCCAAAAAUUGAAACAUUUUUUUUUACAAUAAAUAGAGGAUUUAUUGAGAUCCUUCAUACCCGUUAUUUGUGACUGUUUUUGUUACAAUCUAUAGAUGUCUACUUUCGCUUUUAUGAGGUUGUGUCCCUAAACAAAUUACAAAAAAUAAAAUAUAUUCUCAUAUGAAACUGAGAGCAUCUGUUGUCUUGUAAAUUUCCACUUCUUGUUCCUGUUUUUAAGCCAAGUUUAACAUUAUGUUGUACUGUGUGAAUUUCAUAUUGAAUUUUAGUAAAAAAGUAUUCCUGAUUGAAGAUGUAUUGCUACAGAACUGUACCAUGCUUCAAACAACUCAUAACAAUACAGAAUUAUACCAUGCUUCAAACAACUCAUAACUCAUAACAAAUUUGAAAAGACAUGUAGUUAAAAUUUCACUUUAGCACAAAUGUUAAAAUUGUGAAAAGAAAGGUUGUAUUAGAGAGGUUGGUAAAUAGCAUUUCAUUGUAUAAAAUAUGUCAGCUAAAAUUGUUGCAUUGGCACCCUAAAAAGUGAUAUUGAAUAAAUAAUUUAUACUGGU